UACGGCAGUCCAGCCAGAUAGUUACCAGUGACCAUCCCUCCCUCGUCGUUAGAAACAUUACCCCCCCCCCCCCCCAACAUCGGCCGAGCUUUCGAACCUCGAGGGACCGUCUUCCGUGCUCUCAGCUCUGGCUCUGCCUUAUCCUUCUUACGGAUACCCUCCUCCCACUCGUCUCCUCCUCUGGCGGUUCCAUAGACCGAUCAACUGGAGCCCGCACUGGGCCGGCCAAGUACCUGGACUCUGAUACCAGGACAACCUGGAAUUGUCACUGAGUCGAGUCAACGCAUGCACAUCUCCAUCCGUCAUCCAUACCGACCGUCUCCGACUUCUUGUUCAUAACCCCUUCCCCCUCCCAGUCGAGUUCUGAACAUCUGCUGCUCCUGUCCUCGCCCACUGCCAAAGAAAACCGGCCUUCACAAAUCAAACAUAUAUCACGCCGAACCCUUGGUGUCCUCGACGGACCGACGUCUUUUCAAGUUGCCAGACCUGCAUUCACAGCCGUGCUCGCACCAGGACCGACACUAGUUUCACAGCAUCCACCACAACAACCUUGUCCAGAUUAUAAGACGACAGCUUGUGAUCACAAGAAACAGCAUCGACACCGCCCAAGCAACCAUUCAACAAUAUAUAUGUGCCCUUGGACCACCUCAACUGACCAAACGGCCGCCCGCUGAUGAUCCAAACCACCAAGAUCGCCAAGUUACUCUUCGACUUCGCCCCAGAAGAGUCUUGGGCAACCCUGGACAGAGUUUCGAUCGCAACAUCCAGAGAUAGGUAGCAUCCAGCCGUCAUCGCAUCACCAUUGCCACGUUCACUGCCGGUCGGGCUUAGGUCGAGUUCCAUCCUCGUUUCCCUAAAGACCGAAGACAUUGCGUAUUCGAGCAAAGAACCCCAAGCCACUGCCGUUCGCCCCCUUGAUUCGAGUCGCCUCCGGCCUUCGACACGACUCUCCAAGGCAUUACCAAUACCACGCGCCAUCGCCGGAAACCCCAUCAUCGGUCGGCCCCCAGCCCACCUUUAUUCGCCUCCCUGGUUGACUACAGCUACUGUGAACCAUCCACUCAGAGCAGCCUGGCCCAAAGGUACUUACUUGGACCACCACUGUUCAUUUUCAGCUUUGGCCGCCACCAUCUAUAUAGUUCCGCAGCGAAUCGUCGUUUUUGGAACUCUGCCACCACCACUUUCACCCAGCUCUUCUCUGGAGAGAGACGAUAUUACCAUUUUCAACGGCCCUCCUAGGAAAGGAGUAACCCUGGACAAGAUUCCCUGGUCGGAGAAAGAAAGGGAAAAACCACACCUCCCAAAGGGCCGGCACCACACAACAAUUCCUGAACCCCUCCGCCCCCCCCCCCCCCCCCCCCCCCCCUCUUUUUUUCUCUCUCUCUCUCUCUCUCCUUCGUCUCUCACUUGACAUUUUGCGGCAACAGCAUUGCUAGUCGAGACGCGGACUCGAUCUCCUUUUUCGGGGCGCAUCCGACAGCUGCAGCAAGUGGCCCGAUUUAAUAAGUACCCACAAAAAGGGUCGAGAAACGUUCUGGGUGCCACGGUCCCCUACCUAACCCAAUACAACGGCUACUUCCAGCUGACAUGAGGAGCGCCUUUCGCUGGUUCAACCCAACAAGUACCGAGGACCCAAGGGACCCGUCGACCCGGUCCACUGCCGCCGCCGCCGCCCACAACAACGAGGACAGGCGCACGCCCAGAAGUGACUUCGCCAGCGCCGAUAAUAUUAGUUAUCGUGCGUCGGCCUCCUCCUCUUCCACCACCACCACCACCGCACCUGCGUCUUCUGCUUCUGACAACAACGCUGCCUUCGCGUCUCCUUCGCCCGGCUCCUCCAAUUCUGUCUCACUCACCCCCAACUCUCCCUCCCCUCAGCCCCUCACGCCCACCGAUUCUUUCGACGUGCGUGAUUCCCGCGCAGGCCUCUGGACCUCCAAGCCAAUCACCAUUGCCACACCCACCAGCACGAGAGACCCUUCAUCCCCCUCCCCCUCCGUAGCCCCCGCCAAAUCUAGCUUCGACAGAAAUCCAUUCGCCUUGCCUGACGACGUCUUCGACUUUCCUCCUCCUAUUCCGACCAAGAGUAUCGACAUGACCACUGGCCCAGCCAUGGAUUCGGCCAUGGGUCGGAGUCGUCAGGACUCCUUUGUCAGCGCUGGUCCUAAGCCAAUUUCCAUGGCCAAUCCUAACCGCGAUGUCAACCGUCAACGACGAGAGAGCCUGGCAGGCAGCCUAAUGGGCGGCGCAAGCUGGGGAGGAAUGUCAUUUGGCAGUUUCAUUCGCGAUGACAUUGCCAUGGCCGGCACGUCACCGUUCGCUCACCAAGCCUCGCCGUCCUUUCAUUCCGGUUCCUACUUGCCCAAGCUCGAAGCAAGCUUCAUGAAGGAUUUCACGUGCUGUGGCCUGAACUUGCCUAAUCUCCACGAUCUUCUGCAGCAUUACGAAGAAUCGCACACCCAGCCCAGUCCGAACACCGCGCGCAAUGCGCCUUUCUCCUCUCAAUUCGCCGCGAUACCCACCCAGCCGUCUUCCAGAGCCAGCAGCGCAAGGCCUCAGACGCAGCAACAGAACACCACUUCAAUGUCGCAGCUCGGUCAGCAGAAUCGUCCCGGCUCCAACUUGGGUGGCGGCAUGGGCGGCCUUGGGAUGCAGCUUGGCCAGCAGAAUAUGCCGGGUCAACAGCAUGGACACAUGUCGCAUCUGGACGAAAUGGAUGCAGUCGGUGACAUGGAAAUGGACGACGCCUUGAGCACGAUGGAGAUGGACGACAGCCAGAGAACGAUGUCUCAGACUCGACAAAUGUUUGGCCAACAGCAAAGACCCCAGUUGCAUGUCAACGCCUCGGGUCUCACUCAAGGUUUACGAACUUCUCAGCCACCAACGCCUGCAGCCGCAAGCUUUGGCCUGCAGCACAACCCCACGGUAUCCUCUGUUAACACGCCCACGCUUACCACCCAACAAUCAACGCCACAACAGCAGCGGCCGAACAACGGGUUCCUCCAAAACUCGCAGAUGACGUCCAUGGACGACAUGGACGAUGACAUACCAGGUAUGCCCAUGGGCGGCAACAUGGAACUCAACGGCUCCAACUUUGGAGACGUGAGCUUUGGCAACUCCAACUCCAAUUCCGAAUUUUGCAUCAACGAUCCUGGCAAGCACCUGUUUAGCCCUGGCGGCGCGCUCACCAACCAACAACGAGCGAUUCAGGCACACCUCAUUGGAAUGGGUUUUGACCCUAGCCAACCCAACAGUGCCGCCAACAAGGCCUUGAUCCAGAAAUUUGGCGCAAUGAUGAUUCCAGAGGAGCAUAAGCCUUUCAAGUGCCCAGUCAUCGGCUGCGAAAAGGCGUACAAGAAUCAGAAUGGCCUCAAGUACCACAAGACGCACGGCCACCAAACACAACAGCUGCACGAGAAUGGCGACGGAACUUUUUCAAUUGUCAACCCCGAAACCAGCACGCCGUACCCCGGUACGCUGGGCAUGGAGAAGGAGAAGCCGUUCUCAUGCGACGUGUGUGGCAAGCGCUACAAGAACCUUAACGGUCUCAAAUACCAUAAAGGACACUCUGCACCUUGCAAUCCCGAUUUUAAGUUCUUGGCCGCCGGGCUAAACAACCUCGCGAGUUUGCCGGGCCUUAUGGAGAAUUCGAUGUCCAACCUUCCUGGUAUUGGCGAAGACCAAAUGAUGUAACGAAACAUUGUCUUUGGCGAUUUUGCCGCAUUGAGUUCAUCAGCUCCUUAGGUGGCGGGCGGCCUUGGAGAAAAACUGCCAUGGUCAUUGAAACCCCUUUAGCAGCCCCCCCGGGACUCGGUCUCAGAUCCGCGGCUACAUAUCUUGGUCACGACGUAGUUGACCUGCGACAUACGGCGCGGCGUUUUUGCUUUCGUGGACGGCUCUUUAGUCGAUUAUCAGGUCGACUGAGUCUGCUCUCCUCCGUUUUUAUACCCUCAUAGACUUACCAGUAACCCUUUGCGACUGUCCGACCACGAUACAAACUCCAUUCUAGAUUAAUACGAGCCUCGGCGACGAAGAACGAGAAUAGACGGCUACGAGGCCAUGAGGAGGCUAGCUUUGUUUGGCUUCUUGCCGGUCUAGUUUUCUUUGUUGAUAGUUGACGGCCUCUCGCUGAGGUAUAUUUUCUUACCCUUCCUGCUAUUGUUGUGGCUGGUGAGGUCGAUUUGCGUUGCAAGGACGUCCCCAACCCCCGAGGAAAUGCAGGAUGUUGCCCAGGAAAACACAGCAAAUCAAGCAAAAGACAGAAAAGGGUUUUGUGAGAGAUUGGACAAUGAACAAAAAACCCAAAAACAGUUGAGAGUAUACGGUUGUUUUCCAUAGCGGUCCUCGAGUGGCCCUUUGCUUUCUCUUCUUCUUCUUCCUUUUCUUGAGACGAAUAUCUCUUCUCAGACGCUGGGGGGGUUGCGCGCAGGAUAUUCUGUUGAUGAACAUGCACGAUCAUUAGUCUGCAGGCGUAAAGUCGGACACGGUAUGGGAAAAGUUACGAUUUGUUUUUCUGAGCCUCUCCAAAACCACUUGAAAAUAUAGAUUGAACGAAUGGGUUGAGCUUAAACCGUCAUGUGAAGGAGAAACUACGUCCCUCUUUGGUUGUGUUUGUAGAAUAUCGCAGUUCAACUCUAAGACCAAAACUCCACUCCACCC